GCAUUGCUGCGCUCGCCGCCGCCGCCUCCUUUUCUACCUCGUCGGCCGCUGUUUGGUGGCUGGCGCGGCGCUUGCAGAGCUUUAACCGUUAGGUGGGGAGAGCGGAGCAGACGCGGCGCUCCCUCCGCCCCUUUUGUCGCGGUCCCUUCAGAGGGCUCGCCUCGCCCGCCCCUCACCUGCUCUCCUCCCUGGAGCCGGCUUCAGCAUGGAGGCGCAGAAGGAAGCAUUGCAGAGGAUUAUCUCCACAUUAGCUCACAAAAAUGAUGAAAUCCAAAACUUCAUCGAAGCUUUAAACCACACUUUAAAAGGUGUACAGGCUAAUUCUUCCAGUGUACUUGCUGAGCUGGAUGAGGAGUUUGAUGGUUUAUACUCCAUACUCGAUGAAAUGAAAGAGAGCAUGACAACGAGUAUCAAGCAAGAACAAGCUCAUAAAACUCAAGAACUUCAGAAUCAGCUUAGCCAAUGUAAUAAUGCCCUGGAGAACUCCGAAGAAUUGCUAGAAUUUGCUGCUCGGUCACUGGACAUAAAGGAUUCUGAAGAAUUUUCAAAGGCUGCCAGACAGAUCAAGGAUAGAGUCACAAUGGCUCCAGCAUUCCGCCUGUCUUUGAAACCCAAAGUGAGUGACAACAUGACACACUUGAUGGUGGACUUCUCCCAGGAAAGACAAAUGCUCCAGGCUCUAAAGUUCUUGCCAGUUCCCAGAGCUCCAGAGAUAGUUCUAUCAGAUUGCCUUGUAGCUGACAACUGUGUAACAAUAUCGUGGCAAAUGACAGAAGAAGACAACAAAAUUGAUCACUAUGUAUUAGAGUACAGAAAAACCAACUUUGAUGGGCUUCCUCGAGUAAAAGAUGAGAGGUGCUGGGAAACUAUAGACUAUAUUAAGGGCACUGAAUAUACACUAUCAGGUCUGAGGUUUGAUUCAAAAUACAUGAAUUUUCGUGUCCGAGCUUGCAACAAGGCUGUAGCUGGGGACUACUCUGACCCAGUGACUUUAGAGACCAAAGCUCUUCUAUUUAAUCUGGAUGGUUCCUCAUCUCAUCUUAACUUGAAAGUUGAAGACUCUUAUGUUGAGUGGGAUUCCACAGGAGGCAAAAGCCAAGAAAAUAAAAUUAAAGGAAAAGAGAACAAAGGCAGUGGCCAGAUUACCCUUCUGAAGAACCAUACAAGAAGUGGCACUCCAUCUCCAAAGCGAUCGUCGGUUAGCUCACGCUCUCCUUUGAUCAGGGGCAGCAGAGAUAGAUUUACUGGGGAAUCAUAUACAGUGUUGGGAGAUACUGCUAUUGAAAAUGGACAGCACUACUGGGAAGUGAAAGCUCAGAAGGACUGCAAAUCCUACAGUGUAGGAGUUGCAUAUAAAAAUUUAGGGAAAUUUGAUCAACUUGGAAAGACUAAUACAAGCUGGUGUGUGCAUAUAAAUAACUGGCUCCAGACGACCUUUGCAGCCAAACACAAUAACAAAGCAAAAUCACUAGAUGCCAUGGUUCCAGACAGGAUAGGAGUCUAUUGUGACUUUGAUGGAGGUCAGCUCUCUUUCUAUAAUGCAAGCUCAAAGCAGUUGUUGUACACCUUCAAAACAAAAUUUACCCAACCACUAUUACCAGGCUUCAUGGUUUGGUGUGGAGGUCUCACCUUGACAACAGGACUGCAGGUGCCAACUGCUGUGAAAACACUGCAGAAGAGUGAAAAUGGAUUGAGUGGUUCAUCCAGUAGCCUAACCAAUGUUGCCCAGUGAUGUGUCCAGUUCUAGGUUAACUGGUUUUCUUUGCAGGUAUUAUUCAAAGAGUUUGUGAACAACGUUUUAAUGUGUUCCUGCAACUUCUAAGGACUCGGCACAUCUGGUCCAAAAUGAAUGGGGGCUGCACUGAAGUGCUGGCAGGAGUGUACUGUGAAUCUGCAGUGUAAUAGGAAUAUAGGCACCAUUUUAUUAGAGAAGAGGAUAUUUGAGAUUGUAGCAAUGUGCUUCAGUUUAGACUAAAAUUGACUGCUUGUCUUCUACUACACAUCAUGCUGCAAUCACCCACUAGACAAGUAUGAUCUUAGCCUAAAAGCCCUCAUUGCUUUUCUUCUCUCUAGGAUUCUAAUUCACUCCCUGUCUUUCAAAAAUGUAAGUGAGCUAGGGUUCAUACGCUGAAGCUUUAAACUUUCUAAAGCAUGUCUGAAUUUCUACAAAUCAGUGUAAUGGAAGAGGGAGGAAUACAAAUGCGUCGGUUUUGAUCAGUGACCUUUGGCUUAAAGCAGCUUUUACAAUAUCAGGCAUCAGGACUAACUUUGCCAGGGUCUACAUGGUCAUCGCAAGUAAAGUGUUGUGGGAUGGGAUUUGAGCACAAUGUCCAUUAACCUCAUAGAACGCUUUGUGGAAUGGAAGAUAUCACCUUUACUUAACCAUUGUAUGAUCAUACUACUUGUGAUCAGACAGCUGAACGUAAGGAAUUUCCUGGGGUUUUCUAUUUUCCUAAAUUAAAUUAGCAUUCUGUAAUGAAGGGAUUAGGUAACAUUUUUGUUUCUAGUCUCACCUGCAUUAGUAAGAGCCCUUUAGUUUUACUGAAUGGGCUGACCUUAUCAUGUACUUCACCUUGUGUAUUUAUUUGAAAAUAGUGUACACUGAGUCCAUUCAAGUCAUUUUUUAUAAUUUUUGUCUGUAAACUAAAUUCUUGUUCCCCAUCUUCAUUUUGAGGAUGAGUCCUGAAGGCUGUGCUCUAUGGACUCAAACUGUAUAAUUAAACAACUCCUAGAUGCAUCAACUACCUUAAUCUUAUGUCAUUGUAAAUGCCCUGUAUUUAGCCUUAAAGGCCCCAAAUAAUCUUUGCCUCAAACCUCUGAAGCGCUUUUGCUUUAGCUGUAAAAAGUGGAUUGUACAUUCCAGUUUUAAAGUAUCCAUAACUCCUAUGUUCCCUCCAUGGUGUCAGAAGCAUAUAUUAAGGCAUGUUCAGAUUUGCUUCCAGUUCUUAAAACAUUUGGUCUUGGUUUUCUGUUUCUUCUUCCAACAUAGCACAGGGUUAAUUUCCUUUUUUAAAAUCUUCUGUCGACCUCCUGGCUCUUUGAUAAAUUUCACAGAAGCAGAUGUGACAAACCGCUUUUUGUAACACAGCACAUGCGGUUAGUUGUGAUUUUGAAAAAUGGAUAUAUGGAAUCUUAAUAAUGUAAUUCAGUUUGGAUGUUUAACUUUUCAGCUGAACUGAACUAUAUAAAUUGCUUCAUCAAAAUCAUUUAUGUGGCUACAUGUAUCUAAACAGUUUAUUCAAUUUCCCUCCAAGGAAAGAUUCCUUGGCAGCAAAUUAAACUCAUGGUUCUCUAGUCUACAAAAUUAGGUUGACUUAAAUACCUUCUACUCAAUUUUUGCAUGGAUUCUAGCUAUUGGGAAGCCCUUAUUUACUCCAUUUUGAAAAUCUGAACUCUUCUUAUAGUGAUUCCUGUUCUAUUUGCAGCACUUGACCUCACAUUUUAUUCUUUGCACAUUUGAUUUGUGAAAAUAAAAACUUUUUGAUAAAUGGCUUAAGAUCAAAUGCCAGUUACUGUUUAGGGGAAAAUACAGUAUGCUUAAGAGAUUUAAAAGUUGAAUACUGUAAAAUGAGCUAAUUCAUCUGGCUUUUAAAAUUAGAGCAUUUGAAUUUUUCCAUUUAAGUGUAAGAUCCUACUAACCAUUAAGUGUGGUCCAAAAGCAGAAUGUUUCUUUUAGAAAACCCUGUGUGUGCAAGGUCUAUCCAGUUAGUAGGAUAACUUUGUGAAUUUUCCCAAGUCCACUGAUCUGCAAUUUAUCUUAAUUCAAGAUGCAGUCGUAUAUUUGGAGGAUCUCAACAGGCAUCUAGAAGCCGAGAGGUGGUGAUUUGUUUACCUAUGGGAAAAAGUAGUUACUGUGAAACAGUCCAACACAAGGUGCUUAGUUCUAUUGCUGCUCAAUGGGAUAUACUUAUAUUAGUUUAAUGAAACUGGUAUGUUGACAAGAGGAAAUGCCUUAAGCACUUUAGACUUAUUUUAUGAAAACGUUGCGCUAAUAACCCUGAUUGGUUCUCAUUCUAUGGCAAGCAUGCAGUUGUUAGUGCAAUUGAACAAAAAUAUUACUCAAUUUAAUUAUGUUGACUUCCAGGUAGAUGGGCUAGAUUGGUAACAAGGUAUAGUAUUUUCCCAGUUUGUACAUAAUUUGUCUGCUUAUUUGUUGUAAAAUUGAAAGUAUUUUUGUAUUUGUAGUUUAA